CCACUCAGCUGUGACGGACGCCACACUGCUUUAGCUGUUUCGAAAAUGAAACUGGCGUCGAGGGAGGUGAAAGAAAACGAAAACAAGAGGGCGAACAGAUAAAAAUCCAUCUCUGUUCACCUUUAUAAGCUGGAAGAGCUUGAGACACGAAGUCCUCCUGUGUUAGUCUGAAGAGGCCAGCUCUCAGGGAAAUGUCUCUCUUCCUUUUUUUAUACAGCUGGGAAUGUUGAGUCAACACAGCAGCUGGAUAGGACGUACUGUACUGCAAUGGAGUCUGUAGCAGUGGGCUCGGCUACUUGGUGAGACCGAAGCUGAUGUCACCAUGGCACACUUUGACACAGAGUACCAGCGCCUGGAGGCGUCCUACAGUGACUCUCCCCCUGGAGAGGAGAACCUGCUGAUGCAUGUGCCUGAAGGAGCCAAAUCUCAGUGGCACCACAUAGAAAACCUCGACCUGUUUUUCCAGAGGGUAUAUAAUCUGCACCAGAAGAAUGGAUUCACGUGUAUGCUGCUGGGAGAGAUCUUUGAGCUGGUUCAGCUGCUGUUUGUGGUUGGCUUCACGGUCUUCCUCGCAAACUGUGUGGACUAUGACAUACUGUUUGCCAACAAGUUUGUAAAUCACACUGAUUCAUCUAAAGUCACCUUGCCUGAUGCCUUCCUCCCAGUGGAUGUGUGCAGUGCCCGUAUCAGAGACAAUGCAUUUGUGAUCUUCGUGCUGAUUAUCUCGGGGGUGUUUUGGCUUCACCGCCUUGUCAAAUUCAUCUACAACGUCUGCUGCUACUGGGAGAUCCGAUCCUUCUACAUCAAUGCACUCAAGAUGACCAUGUCAGAACUCCCCUACGCAACAUGGCAGGAGGUUCAGGCCAGGAUAGUGGAGAUCCAGAAGGAGCACCAAAUCUGCAUCCACAAGAAAGAGCUGACAGAGCUCGACAUCUACCACCGCAUCCUCCGCUUUAAAAAUUACAUGGUUGCCAUGGUGAAUAAAUCCCUCCUUCCUGUACGAUUUCGACCCCCGGUCCUCGGAGAGUGUGUGUUCUUCACCCGGGGACUCAAAUACAACUUUGAGCUCAUCUUUUUUUGGGGUCCAGGCUCUCUGUUUGAGAAUGAGUGGAGCCUGAAACCAGAGUACAAGAGAGGAGGUAACAGGCUUGAGCUGGCAGACAGGCUGGCAUCCCGUAUUCUGUGGAUUGGCAUCGCCAAUCUGCUGCUGUGCCCAGUCAUUCUGGUGUGGCAGAUUCUCUACGCCUUUUUUAGUUACACAGAGGUGAUCAAGCGAGAGCCUGGUUCUCUGGGAGCGAGAUGCUGGUCUCUGUACGGUCGAUGUUACCUGCGUCACUUCAAUGAGCUGGACCAUGAGCUCAUGUCACGCCUCAGCAAAGGCUACAAGGCUGCAUCCAAGUAUAUGAACUGUUUCCUCUCGCCGCUCCUGACUGUGGUGGCCAAAAACGUUGCGUUUUUUGCCGGGUCUCUUCUGGCUGUCCUCAUCGCCCUGACGAUCUACGACGAGGACGUUCUCGCAGUAGAACACGUUCUCUCGUCGAUCACCCUGCUUGGAGUGUGUAUCACAGUCUGCAGAUCAUUUAUUCCUGAUAAGAACAUGGUGUUUUGUCCUGAGCAGCUGCUACGGGUUAUCCUGGCUCAUAUCCAUUACAUGCCCGACCACUGGCAGGGCAAUGCACAUAGAUAUGAGACUCGUGACCAGUUCUCCCAGCUCUUCCAGUACAAAGCAGUGUUUAUUCUAGAGGAGCUGAUAAGUCCAGUUGUGACUCCCAUCAUCUUGAUCUUCUCUCUGAGAAGGAAGUCUCUGGAGAUCAUUGAUUUCUUCAGGAACUUCACUGUGGAGGUGGUUGGUGUUGGAGACACUUGCUCCUUUGCCCAGAUGGACAUCAGGCAGCAUGGACACCCUGCGUGGAUGUCAGAGGGGAAGACGGAGGCGUCUAUCUACCAACAGGCAGAGGAUGGGAAGACAGAGUUAUCUCUGAUGCACUUUGCCAUCACCAACCCUCAGUGGCAGCCUCCUCAGGAGACCACACACUUCAUCAGCCAGUUGAAAGAACGAGUUCACAGAGAAGCUACGGGGGCUCCUUCAGACACCAAUCCACUCUCACUCUCUGAGUCUGAGCCAAGGAGCCUCAUUGCAAACAUCUUAGGUCCCUCUACACUGACCUCCGUACAUUUCGGCAGGGACAGCUCUUUGACCAAUCAUGCCGCAGCUGGCAUAAGCGACGGGGCAUCUGCCUUACGCUCCCUCUCCCCAGUCAGCAGCAGUCUUCACCUGAGAGGCAGUUUGAGUGCAGCUCACAGGGCUGCCGGCCACACUUCAGCGAUGAGCAAAGGAAUGGCAGGCUCCGGGACUGAUGCCCGGACUGUGAGCUCAGGCAGCAGUGCAUGGGAGGGUCAACUUACCAGUUUGGUCCUGUCAGAGUAUGCCUCCACUGAGAUGAGCAUCCAUGCACUUUACAUGCAUGAGCUACACAAGCAGCAGUCUCGGGGCGAGCUCUCCCGUCACACGUGGCACAGGCAGGAGAGCGACGAAAGCAGCGACAGCGUCCCCGAUGAAGUCAGGAGCGAACCCAACCCUCACUCCAGAAAUUUCCCGCGCUCACACACUUUCCCCACCACAGUUGCCAGUCCCAGUGCCAUUCCCACUUCAGCUUCUGCAGGUGCCACCGGCAGUACCACUCUGGGCCAGGAGGGGGCAUCCUCGCAGAGCAGCACCCAGAGGCGCUUUAGUGGAUCAGACUCUUUUGGAGCUGGGGGGAAAGCAGCGAGGUCGGCCCGUGUGCCAAUGGGAGGCUGGGCAGAGGACGGCCAGGCAGCGCCACGACACCACGACCCACUACCAGAGGAGAGCUCGGAGGAUGAAAUGCCUCCUCACAUCCACAAGGUUACAUAACCAUGCCAGCUGUAUAAGUGUCUGCGUCCCACCCUCCGCAGAUCAUCGUUCAUUACCAGACUUUUGUCCAGGACUGACCACAGAUGAAGAUGGAUAUGUGCAAUCCCUAUAAACAUUUAACUAGUGGAGUCAUCUGGACAGGUCGAUGACUGAUGCCACCAUCAACUUCAUCAAAGAUACUAUAUGCCUAAACAGGCAAACAGGGUAUAUAUCUGGAUUUGUGUACUAAAAGAGGACCUAUAGGAUCAAGUUAUUUCUAAUAGCCACUUACACCAUCAGAACACACUACAGUUUUUUUUUUUUUAAUAUCAAAAGAUUGCAUAAUGAAAGUGCAUGUGUUGCUGAGAUGUUAACAGAAGUUGUGAACACUGGGAGCAUUCUUGGCACUUUGUCACUAUAAAAGAACAAAAAACAAUGAAACAUUUUGCCCACAAACAUGAUCACAGUAAUCCAAAUUCAGCUGUUUAUUUGCACUACUAUUUAAAAAGUGCAAUGUGAAGAAUGUAUGGCAUCGCUCACCAAAAUGUGUUGAGAAAGGCGCAGGUAACACACUGACUUUCAUUGUGCGUAUCUCCUCUUUUAGCAGGAGGCUACGUAUCCUGCCCUGUGCUCUGUAUCUCAGCUUGCAUUCUUCCUCUUAGCGAAACAUAGAAAAGGCAUCAAAUCGUAUUUCAGAUUCACCAUUCAAUGCAAUUGCUUGACGUUUUCAAUAAUAUAAUUUACUCCUCACAUUUUAGAUUGUUCAUGUGAGCUUUCUAAAAUCUACGUCUGACUUUUUUUGCGCAGAUAGACGCUUGUUAAAAGUUAAUUGUACGGCGUAUCCUGGUAGUCUGCACACACGUGUACCGCGUAAAUAAAUGUCAUAAGGGUUUUUCACAGCAAACAUCCAGAAAAUUCAAUUAAUCAAAUUUAAUCACAAGGGGCCAAGAUUUUCUGGUGUGUAACCAGAGAUGCUGUAUGCAGGCACAUGUUAAUCAGAUUUCAGCCUUGAUUUUUAUUAUUUACCAGUCAUUAUUUGUCAACACACAAGGCUGUUUUUUAAGCAUGUAAUAUUGACUUCUGUGCCAUACAAAAAGCCCUCAAGCACAAAUGCAUGAUCAUCAUCCAUACACAUCUUCUGAAGAGUUGUAAUUUAUCCUGCAUAGUGACCCAUCGUCUCCUUCUGCUCAACCACAGCAUGACUCUCCUGUUCCCUGUCACCACGCCUCAAUUCUUUCAGAGAAGAAUUAUGCACUUUAAUUAUCUGUUAACUCAGAGGGUGUCACUCGUUUGUAUGUUUUCAUAUAAAUAAAUUGUAAUUAUUUUAUUUAUCAAAAGGGACGUGCCAUGAUGAUUGAAAGCUAUGAAUCAAGGUUGUGUUAUCUGUUGUGGACUGAUAAUACGAUUAAGGAAGCAGUGAUUCAGUGUGGUAACGUAAGUUUAAGUGACCAUUUUUGGGUUUUAAUGUUGUUGUGUAUUAUAGAUCUUGUAAAAUACCAUUUUGUACAGCUGUAAAUUCAUCCAUUAAAGACAAGGCAAUGGCGUUGUGUGUAGACUGUA